GGGUGGGUGGGUGGGGGGGGAUUGUGGGCACAAAAAGAGGUGAGACGACAUGCCUCAGUUGUCAGGCGGCGGUGGCGGGGACCCGGAGCUGUGCGCCACGGAUGAAAUGAUCCCGUUCAAGGACGAGGGGGAGCCGCACAAGGAGCAGAUCUUCGCCGAGCUCAGCCACUCGGAAGAGGAGGGAGACCUGGCCGACAUCAAGUCGUCGCUGGUCAACGAGUCCGAGGGAAGCCCCAACAGUAACAGCCACGAUGCGGCGAGACAGUCCCAAGAUUCAUAUCAUGAAAAGCACAGAGAGCAUCCCGACGAUGUCAAACAUCAGGAUUUGUACAGCAAAGGCCACGCAUACCCGAGCUACCCAAGCUACAUCAUGAUGGGCAACAUGAACGACUCCUACAUGACCAAUGGCUCCCUCUCGCCGUCCAUGCCCAGAACGUCCAACAAAGUUCCCGUGGUGCAACCGUCCCAUGCCGUCCACCCGCUCACCCCGCUGAUCACGUACAGCGACGAGCACUUCGCGCCGGGUUCCCAUUCCGGCCAUCACCCUCAGGAUACCAAACCACAAGGAAUGUCCAGGCAUCAUCCGGGACCAGACAUGGCCAAUUUCUACUCGCUGUCUCCGGGGGGAGUGGGACAGCUCACGCCGCCGCUGGGAUGGUUCUCCCACCACAUGGUCCCGGGACCGCCGGGUCCUCACGCCACGGGGAUCCCCCACCCGGCCAUUGUCAACCCCCAGGUCAAACACGAGCCCCUGCACGAAACCGACAUCAUGCACAUGAAGCCCCAGCACGAACAGCGGAAGGAGCAGGAGCCCAAAAGACCGCACAUCAAGAAGCCGCUCAACGCCUUCAUGCUCUACAUGAAAGAGAUGCGCGCUAACGUGGUGGCCGAGUGCACGCUGAAAGAGAGCGCCGCCAUCAAUCAGAUUCUAGGACGGCGGUGGCAUGCGUUAUCUCGAGAAGAGCAGGCUAAGUAUUAUGAGUUAGCCCGCAAGGAACGACAGCUCCACAUGCAGCUCUACCCAGGCUGGUCUGCCCGAGACAACUAUGGGAAGAAGAAGAAGCGGAAGCGGGAGAAGAUCCAGGAGUCGGCCGCAGGUACGGGGCAGAGAAUGAAAACAGCAUACAUCUGAGAAAAUGGAGGAAAACGGAACAACUUCUCCACAUGCAACGCGAAGGCGGCCGCCGCAGGGCCUCUGAUCGAGAUGGAGGCCUGCUAAGAUUCCAUGAAGACCCACAGAGGACCCCCCCCUCCGCCCAACACUUAUCACCUGACACCCCCUAAAAGUUACACCUCACACUCCCCCUGCUGGAAAGACACUGAACUAAACACGACAAUCACUAUCGCUCACGUUUUCACUCAAAGUGUGCGUGUGUGUCACUUCCUGACCACACACACGCACAUUAACACACACCACCUGCACACUCCAACUAAGUUAUUUUAAGUUAUUUGUCACCUCUUUUGUCAUUUUCAGGAGCGGGAGGCCGACACACCGCAACAAAUGAAUUAAAAUUUAAAAAAAUAGGUCAACACUAAUACUGAUACUACACAAUAAUAAAUGUUGGCUAUAUUUUUCCAUUAAUGUCAUAUAAAGCCAUUUUGUGAGGGUCAACAUUCCCACUUUUUCACUGGAGUCCAGCCGACCAUUUUGGUGAGGGUCAACAUUCCUGCUUUUUCCACUGGAGUCCAGCGACCAUUUUGGGGUUCCCGCCCGCUCCGACCAAACGGGCCAAUCACCUCUUGUAGAUUGCACUAAGGAACAUGGAGGGAUCUCAUCUCGUCUCAACACUUUUUAUUAUUUUAUUUUUUUUAUAUAAAUAAGUUGGACCAGUUGCUUGGUCGAAAAGAUCAACCUUUUUUCUUUUUUUUUUUUAAAUCUUGAGCCCUUGUUUUUAAUUUUUCGGUGUACAUUUUUUUUUUUUUUAAUAUUGUUUUUUUUAUAUAAAUAUAUAUAUA